AUGUCGUCGGUAAAGGUCGCCGUACGCGUUCGACCCUUCAACCAAAGGGAGAUCGCCAACGGGUCGCGAUGUAUAAUUGGCAUGAAUGGCACGACCACUACAGCAACUCUACAGUAUCCGUUGGUUACGGUACCGCGUGAUAUGUCGUCGGUAAAGGUCGCCGUACGCGUUCGACCCUUCAACCAAAGGGAGAUCGCCAACGGGUCGCGAUGUAUAAUUGGCAUGAAUGGCACGACCACUACAAUCAGUGGAUCGACGCCUGACAAGUGCCACUCAUUCAACUUCGAUCAUUCGUAUUGGUCGUAUUCGAGAGAUGAUGCUCACUAUGCCAGUCAAAUUCAGGUCUACCAGGACCUCGGAGUCGAGAUGCUCGAACACGCCUUCGAAGGAUACAAUGUGUGUAUAUUUGCCUAUGGACAAACGGGUGGUGGCAAAUCGUAUACGAUGAUGGGCAAGCCGGGUGACGAGAACGAGAUGGGAAUCAUACACGACUUUUGUAAUCGAUUUUGCACGGACACCAAUGUACAGUACUCGGUCGAAGUGUCUUAUAUGGAAAUCUACUGCGAACGUGUCAAAGAUCUGUUGAAUCCAAACAGCGGAGGGAACUCGAAUCGUGACAUCUCUCUUCUCGACCGUAUAACGGUGGCUGCGACAAACAUGAAUUCAACAUCAUCUCGUUCCCAUGCUGUCUUCACAAUAGUGCUAACACAAAAACGCCAUUGUCCUGAUGCCAAUCUGGACACUGAAAAGGUCUCGAAGAUCUCAUUAGUUGAUUUGGCCGGAAGUGAACGGGCCACUUCAACAGGUGCUGAAGGUCAACGACUGAAGGAAGGCGCGAAUAUCAACAAAAGUCUGACCACCCUCGGCCUUGUCAUCAGCAAACUUGCAGAGGAGGCUGGCAAGAAGUCAAAGCGAGGGAAAGGUGUGGUGCCAUAUCGAGAUUCGGUGCUCACUUGGUUGCUCCGAGAGAACCUCGGCGGAAAUUCGAAAACAGCGAUGAUUGCGGCGCUUUCACCGGCCGACAUCAAUUUCGACGAGACGCUCAGCACAUUACGACCGUCGGUGACCGCGACAACUCUACUCCGCUCGUGUGAUCACGACACAAUCGAACAGCUCAAGGCAUCGGAAAAGCUCAUCGCCGAACUGCACGAGACGUGGGAAGAGAAGCUGCGAAAAACCGAGGAGAUACGUCGCCAACGCGAAGAGGAGCUGAGAGAAAUGGGUCUUGCAACGACUGAAGACGGCACCACGCUCGGAGGUCUUCCACAUUUGGUCAAUCUCAACGAGGAUCCGCUCAUGUCCGAAUGUCUCCUGUAUUAUCUUAAGGAAGGUAUUACCAGUGUUGGCCGUCCGGAAGCCUCCAAACGUCCUGACAUUCUACUUUCGGGACAAGCAAUCCUUGAACAUCAUUGUGAUUUCGUGAAUGAGGACGGUUGUGUGAGCCUCGAUCCCAAAAAGGAUGCGCAGUGCUUCGUGAAUGGACGUCCAAUCAAGGGCCUCACAAUAUUACACACCGGUUCACGCGAUGAUAACUCGCAACUACAUCAACAACCACUCGACUGGAAAUAUGCGCAACAGGAGCUACUGGAAAAACAAGGCAUCGACCUGAAGGCGGAAAUGGAGAAGAAACUGCUUGAAAUGGAAAGUCAAUACCGACGUGAACGGGAGGAGCUCGAGCUGAAAAUGCUACGCCAGACCAAGGAGUACGAAACUCGUAUCGAGAGUCUACAGAGACAGGUCGAUUUGGCUCAAUCCAUGAUCAGCUCGUGUGGUUCCGGAUGGGAAGGAGAGCGAUUCCUCACCAGCUCGUUAAUGGAAUUUGCUGAAGAAUGCAAGUGGACAACCGGUCAAGAGAAGGUGGCGAGAAAAGCAGCCAUCAAGUGGAGGUACCAUCAAUUCACUUCGGUUCGAGACGAUCUAUGGGGCAACGCAAUCUUCGUGAAAGAGGCGAAUGCUAUCUCCGUUGAACUGAAAAAGAAGGUGCAAUUCCAGUUUGUCUUGUUGACCGACACUAUGUACAGCCCACUACCGCCAGACCUGCUACCGCCUGGUGAAGAUCUCACUCUUAGACCGUACCCGAAAACAGUUGUAGCCAUCCAAGUGCAGGAUCUCAAAAAUGGUGCCAGUCACUAUUGGAGCAUUGAAAAACUCAAGCAGCGUCUGGAAGAUAUGCGUAGUUUCUACAACGCCGAACUGUCUGUGGUUGGCACUCCGGCUGAUCCACCAUAUAAAACGGUAGCCGAGGGAUGGUUGGCGGCGCUGCAAUUGAAUCCAGCCCGACUCGUGCCCGACAGGCAGCGUCUCGAGUCCAUGCGGGAUAUGUAUGAAGCCGAUCAGCUCAGCCCGAGUGACGAUCCGAUGAUGGAGGCCUUAAUGGGCACUGACCCGUUCUACGAUCGCUUCCCGUGGUUCCGAAUGAUUGGAAGGGCAUUCGUCUAUCUGAGCAAUCUACUUCAUAAUGUACCAUUAGUCCAUAAAGUAGCCAUUGUCAAUGAAAGAGGAGAAGUCCGUGGUUACCUGAAAGUAGCCAUUGAGCCCGUGAAUCCGCUGGAAGUGGAUACUCAGAAGAAAGGCGUUCGUCAAACAGCGAAAUUGCACUUCCGUAAAGAGGACUUCUUGAAAACUUGUAGAAACGGCGAGAACGAAGAUGAAAGCCAGCAGCUGACGUUCCCACCUCACAUGAAAGAAGAAGAGGAGUUCUGUUUCCGUGUGGUGGUACUGCAGGCAAUCGAUGUCUCCGAGCAGUACUCAGAUGUCUUCUGUCAAUUUAAUUUCCUCCAUCGUCAUGACGAAGCCUUCUCCACGGAACCGUUGAAGAACACUGGUCGAGCGCCACUUUCCUUCUCUCAUUCACAGAAUUUACACAUCAAAAUGAGCCGCACGUUCCUGCAUUACCUGCAUCACUUCCCUAUCAUUUUCGAGGUAUCCGCUAUGAGGCAUUUUUCUCAUUCCCAUAAGAAGGAUCACAGGAAAUCGAAGAGCGAAACAGUUCCACAAGAAGAAAAGUCUCUUCAGGCGUUCGGUCAUUUCCAACAGAAACCAGAAGGAUUCCAAUUCGAGCGGCAGCUGAGCGCACUCGGCCGUCGUAUGUCAACAAAGCUCACCUUCCAACAACCGUCGUUGGUGAUUUCCACACCUGUGAAGAGCAAGAAAGCCAACGCUCCUGUCCAACACAACCCUACACAAAUUCGUUCAAAAACGGACUUGCUGGUUUGGUUCGAGAUUUGCGAACUGGCUGGAAGUGGUGACUACGUGCCAGCAGUGGUGGAUCACGCCCAAGGCUUACCAACCCAUGGUGUAUUCCUUUUACAUCAAGGAAUCCAACGAAGGAUCAAAAUCACCAUCUGCCAUGAGCGGGGAGAAGUGAAAUGGAAGGACUGCCAAGAGUUGGUGGUUGGCCGUAUCCGCAGUGGUCCGGAGUGGAAUGAUGUCCUUUCGCUUGGUUUGUUCCCGGGAACAUACCUGGAAUUCAGCAUGGAUGAAAGAAAUUUCUGCGAACCUCAUCAAAAAGGUUUCAGAUCAUUCUUCCAAUUCGAGGCCGCAUGGGAUAGUUCGCUUCACAAUUCACCGCUUCUCAAUCGGGUAUCCAACUAUGGCGAUCAGAUCUACAUGACAUUGUCAGCUUACAUGGAGUUGGAGGGUUGUGCGCAGCCUGCUGUCAUUACAAAGGACAUCUGCGUACUAAUCUACGCCCGGGACUCGAAAAUCUCCGCAGCAAGCAGGUUCUGUCGUUCACUGAUCGGUGGCAUUUCGAAGUCGCCGGAGAUGAAUCGAGUGCCAGGCGUCUAUCAGUUGUGUAUGAAAGAUGCAACCGACUCAGGAGCGAUACGCCGUCAGCGGCGAGUGCUGGACACAUCAUCGGCGUACGUCCGUGGCGAGGAAAAUCUUGGUCAAUGGCGUCCGCGUGGCGAUUCGCUUAUCUUCGAGCAUCAAUGGGAGUUGGAGAAGCUAACACGACUUCAGCAGGUCGAACGGGUGCGCUUGUUCCUUCGCCUUCGUGAUAAACUCAAAGGAAAGAGGAAACCGGGAGAACUGAAAACUCCCGUCUCUCCCUGCGAACCGAUCUGCGCCAUCCCAGACACAGUGAAGUUGGAUGAGAAAGAAAAGGGUAUUGUUAAAAAGGUGAUUAACCUGAUAACGCAACGAAUUCCUGUCAACAAAGAUCCGCCAACUGGAAACAAGGCCCAAGAGCUGAGCGAUGAGAGCAGCAGUAACAGCAUCACGUCACCGAUCUCCGACAAGUCAAUGGUAAAAUCAUCACCCUCUCUGGAUCAGCUGAGCCGGCAAAAGUCGAAGUCGGAUCAGAACCUUAGCUGCACAGAUGACGUGCUCGAUCAGCUGGCCCUAAAGCGAAGUCUUAGCGGCAGCCGUCUCAGUCAGCUUAAUCUUCUAGUACCAGAGGUGACGGAAGAGCGGGUAGGCGUUGUCGUCUCACGUAAAGGCUACAUGAACUUCUUGGAGGAGAAAACUCAAGGUUGGACAAGGCGUUGGGUGGUCGUCCGACGGCCUUAUAUACUUCUCUUCCGCGACGAGAAAGACCUGGUAAUCCGUGGCAUUAUCAACUUAGCAAACGCUAGGGUAGAGUAUUCGGAGGAUCAGCAGGCGAUGCUCAAAGUUCCGAACACAUUCUCUGUUUGUACGAACCACCGCGGUUUCCUAAUGCAGAUCAUGCCCGGUGAUGAGAUGUAUGACUGGUUGUAUGCGAUUAAUCCGUUGAUGGCUGGUCAGAUGAAAGUGAAGGCGGCGGCCACGAAUGGAACGCUCAAGUCAAGCAUCUAG